CGCUCCUACCAUUCGCCACACGCCAUCCGUGAACUUAGUGGGACGCACUAGCCCCUUCCCGGAGAAUUAAUUAUUUUUCGUGGCCGCUUUCCACUUCCACUGACUGCCUUUGCCAUCGACGACUACGACUACCUUACGACCCGAACCUGCUCCUCUCCCUUCCUCCUUCUUCACACCUCUCAAUCACAACACAUCUCAAGUCACUUGUGUCAACACCACAAACCCCUUCUCCAGUUUCCCUUUCACCGAAUCUAGGGCACGUAGCCACCCUUCUCACUCCCCCGUUGAUCAGAGUUCAAUUUUUGAACCCGCGACAAAAACAAAUCAUCCUAACGUCUAGUUGAAGAUCCACAUCUCAUCUCUCUCAUCCACCAACCUUUGCAUCCAUUUCCCAUCCAUUUAUCGAUAACUCAAAAUGGCCAGCACCGUGGAGAAAGUUGCUGAUGUCGCAACCAACGCCGUCAACGACGUUACCAACGCUCUGAGCAAUACCUCGAUCACCGGCAACACCAACGGCAACAAGGACGAGAACAAGGACGCCGUCCACGCUAGUGCCGCUGAGGGUCGCCGCUUGUACAUCGGCAACCUCGCCUACGCGACAACUGAGGGGGAGUUGAAAGAAUUCUUCAAGGGCUACCUUGUCGAGUCUGUCUCCAUUCCCAAGAACCCGAGAACUGACCGCCCCGUCGGCUACGCCUUUGUCGACCUCUCUACCCCCACUGAGGCUGAGCGUGCCAUCUCUGAGCUUUCUGGCAAGGAGAUUCUUGAGCGUAAGGUCUCAGUUCAGCUUGCCCGAACCCCCACUGCUUCUGGCGAGAAGUCUGACGGUGGCGCCAACGGUGAGGGCGCCGAGGGCACUCGCCGCAAGGCCUCCGGUCGCGGACGUGGCCGAGGACGUGGCCGUGGUGGCCGUACUGGCCGCGCCGGUCGAUCUGAGGGAGGAAACGAGGAAGCCCCCGCCACUGAGGAGGAUGCUGCCGCUCCCGUCGAGGCAGCUACUACAGAAGAGGUUCAACCAUUGAGCGACAUCACCAACAAGAUCAAUGCUGACGAGUCUAAGACCGCCAAUGAGAAGCAGGACAAGUCUCGCCCUGCCCAGAAGCGCGAGCGUGGACCCCCCGCUGAUGGCAUCCCCUCCAAGAACAAGGUCAUGGUUGCCAACCUGCCCUACGACCUGACCGAGGAGAAGCUUAAGGAGCUCUUCUCUGCCUACGAACCCUCUUCGGCCAAGAUUGCUCUUCGUCCCAUUCCUCGAUUCAUGAUCAAGAAGCUCCAGGCUCGUGGUGAGCCCCGCAAGGGACGUGGCUUUGGUUUCGUCACCCUAUCUUCCGAGGAGCAGCAGCAGAAGGCUGUUGAGGAGAUGAACGGCAAGGAGAUUGAGGGUCGUGAGAUCGCUGUCAAGGUCGCUAUCGACAGUCCUGACAAGACGGACGAGGAGGCCAACGCCCCGAUUGAGUCCGAGAACAAGGAGGAGGCCGCCCCCGCCACCGUCACCGAUGCCGCCCCGGCUGUCACGGUUUAAGCCAACCCCACCACUACCUCAACAUAACAGAUUACUUAUCCCGGAUGAGAGAGGCCAGCUCGACAAUUAUCAUGUCUACUACUGCGGCCCUCCAGUAACUUAUCGACGC